GCCAACCAAGAUGGCAAGAGAAGAAAGAGCGGGAAAAAGAGAGAGAGAGAGAGAGAGAGACUACAAGAGCAGGGCAUUAGCAGAUGUGUGUGAUUUCUCGUACCAGAAACCACACAGCGUAGCACAUCACGGCAAGCAAUGUUAUCCACACUCAAGCAAUACUUUGGGUAUGCGAAUUUCAGGGCUUACCAGAAGGAGGUGAUCGACCAGAUUCUGGACAAGAGGGACUGUUUAGCGGUCAUGGCCACUGGCAGCGGAAAGUCUUUAUGCUACCAGGUUCCUCCUUUGCUUCUUGAAAAGACUGCCAUAGUCAUAAGCCCCCUUAUUUCUUUGAUGCAAGAUCAGGUUAUGAGUUUGAAACAACGCGGAAUCAGAGCUGAGUUUCUUGGAAGUGCUCAGACUGAUGGUUCCGUCCAUACCAAAGCUCAGACUGGUCAUUUUCAUUUAUUGUUCAUGACACCUGAAAAGGCUUGCUCCACCCCUCUCAGCUUCUGGUUGAAAUUGCUAGAGGCAGGAAUUUGUCUCUUUGCUGUUGAUGAAGCUCAUUGCAUCUCAGAGUGGGGCCAUGAUUUCAGGGUGGAAUACAAGCAGUUAGGCAAGUUACGUGAUGUUCUUUUGGAAGUUCCAUUUGUUGCGUUAACUGCAACUGCUACUGAAAAGGUUAGAAUUGACAUCAUCAAUUCUUUGAAGAUGAACAAUCCUUAUGUUGCUGUUGGCUCAUUUGAUCGUAAAAAUCUCUUCUACGGUGUCAAACAUUUCAAUCGCAGUCUUCAAUUUGUGGAUGAGCUUGUGCAAGAAAUAUCAAAAUAUGCAAGGAAGGCCGGGUCAACUAUUAUUUACUGUACAACAAUAAAAGAUGUUGAGCAGAUUCACAAGUCACUGAAAGAGGCAGGAAUUAAGACUGGAAUAUAUCAUGGUCAAAUGAGCAGCAAAGCUCGUGAGGAGUCCCACAGAUCGUUUGUAAGAGAUGAACUGCUGGUCAUGGUUGCUACUAUUGCCUUUGGCAUGGGCAUUGAUAAGCCAAACGUAAGGCAGGUGAUACAUUAUGGUUGUCCAAAGAGUAUAGAAUCUUAUUAUCAGGAAAGUGGGCGAUGUGGGAGAGAUGGUAUUCCUUCUGUCUGUUGGCUAUAUUAUACAAGAGCUGACUUUGCAAAAGCUGAUUUCUAUUGUGGAGGAUUAAGAACAGAAAAUCAAAGAAGGGCUGUUAUGGAGUCAUUGAUGGCUGCGCAACACUACUGCUCACUAACCACAUGCAGAAGAAAGUUCUUGCUCAGUUAUUUCGGGGAAAAAUUUUCAGCUGAGAAAUGUGGAAAUUGUGAUAACUGCAUGGUCUCAAAGAGGGAGCGUGACAUGUCUAAGGAAUCAUUUCUUUUAAUGUCUUGCAUUCAAUCAUGUGAGGGUAACUGGGGCCUCAAUAUGCCUGUAGAUGUUCUUCGUGGAUCCAGGGCAAAAAAAAUUCUUAAUGCUCAUUUUGACAAGCUACCAUUUCAUGGACUUGGGAAAGACUACUCGUCAAAUUGGUGGAAAUCACUGGCUUACCAAUUAAUUUCUCACGGUUAUCUGAUGGAGACUUUUAGAGAUACAUAUAAAUUUGUAAGAGUAAGUCCAAAAGGGAAGCAAUAUAUUCAGUCUGCUAGACCUGAUCACCAACCAGCUCUAAUAUUAUCAUUGACUGAUGAAAUGGUUGAGGAUGAAGAACAACAAUGCACAACAGGCGGGGUUGGAGAGUUGAAUAGCAUGGCAACUUUAGAAUGUGAACAAUUGUCAGAGGCUGAAGCACGAAUCUUUCACAUGCUUUUGGAUGAGAGAACCAAGCUUGCUAAAAGCAUUGGGACUGCUCCAUAUGCUGUAUGUGGUGAUCAAACAAUAAAAAAAAUUGCUUUGGUGAGACCAUCUACCAAAGCAAGGUUGGCAAACAUUGAUGGUGUCAACCAGCAUCUUGUUGUGAGACAUGGCGAUUAUCUUCUUCAAACUAUUAGGGAUCUGUCACAAGAACUUAACCUUUCCUUGGACGGGGGAGCAAACUUGCAGACUGCUAAUACGAGAAAAGCCAAUCAAGUACCAAAUCACAAGAUAUUAACCCCAGCUAAGUUAGAUGCUUGGAAAAUGUGGCAUGAAAAUGGUCUACCAAUUCAAAAAAUCGCGAAUUUCCCUGGUAGAUCAGCUCCUAUAAAAGAAGGAACUGUAGUUGAAUAUCUUCUAGAAGCUGCACAAGGAGGACUCCAGAUUGAAUGGACUAGAUUGUGCGGUGAAGUUGGACUUUCACGUGAAAGAUUGUCAGAAAUUGAGGGUGCAAUCUCAAAGGUUGGCUCUAGGGAAAAGUUGAAGCCCAUUAAAGAUGAAUUACCAGAAGAUAUAAGCUACGCACACAUCAAGAUCUGUCUGGCAAUGCAAAACUGUGGGUUUUCACCUGAAGUGACUCCACCUAGCCACCUUGACACAUCGAAGGCUGAUGAAUUUGUGGAAAGUGAGUCUGGAAUGGUUUCCACUGUUACCAGCUGCUUGGACACGGUUCAUGAGGUUGAAAUAUCAGUCAAGAUUAUGGCUACUCAUUGUUGCUCAGAUCAUAAUGAAGAAACUUCCUCCCUUAUGGUCAGAAUUGCACAGGACCAAGAGGUUCAUCCUAUCAAUGAUGCAAAUGUACUUUCCCCAAGGAAACGUCAAAAGGUAGAUAUACCUGAAGAAAGCUCAACUGCAUUGGAAGCUACGGAGAGUUCCAUACUGGAUUGGCUCAAGAAGUAUGAUGAAGGGAUGUGUUGCAGGUUUUCAUGAGAGAUAUUUUGGAGCAUUUCAACGGGUCCAAAGAGGAAUUGGUGAUUGAUUUACUAAGUAGCCUUGAAAGCGACUUCGUAAUAUUUAAGAAGAAUGAUCUGUAUAUGCUUUUGUAAUGAUGAGAUAAAUCAAGAUUGCUGGCACUAAUUUGGAUGUAUUUUCAUUUUGUUUAGACUUUUACCAUGUAGCUUUUUUAUGAGCUUUAAGUUGUCAUGAAACAUGAAUCAGUUAAGAACAUCAUCAGCAGCUGGAGUGUUGUCUUCAGGCGCAGAGUUCAUUUUCCAACUGAAAAUUGUUCAUUGAUUAUUGAA